AUGCGUCUGUUAAGCGCCAAAACUCUCAAACUGAUCGAUUUCCCACCCGACCAAAUCCCGACCUAUGUGAUUCUCUCGCAUACGUGGGGAGUGGAAGAGAUCCUCCUCAGUGAUAUCGAAGAUCCUACCGCAACACGAAAGAAAGGAUGGCACAAAGUCAAAUCGGCCUGCGCUCAAGUUAUCAAAGAUGGAUUCCAAUACGUCUGGAUCGAUACGUGUUGCAUCGACAAAACAAGCAGCGCUGAGUUGUCGGAGGCGCUGAAUUCGAUGUUUUUGUGGUAUACGAAUGCCGACCUAUGCUACGCGUACUUAUCCGAUGUCCCGCGAAAUUGUGACCCUUAUCAGGAACGCUCGGAGUUUGAGAAGAGCAGGUGGUUUACAAGAGGCUGGACCCUCCAGGAACUGCUGGCGCCGCGGGAGAUUGUUUUCUUCUCGCACGAGUGGGAGAAGAUCGGGACGAAAAGGACUCUGGCAGCGACCCUGUCUCGAAUCACCAACAUCGACGAAGAGGUUAUCGAGGAUCCGAGCCAGCUGGACUCAGUAAGCAUCGCGAAGCGAAUGUCCUGGGCAGCACAUCGAAAAACCACCCGCCCAGAAGACGCGGCAUAUUGUUUGAUGGGGAUCUUCUCGGUAAACAUGCCCAUGAUGUAUGGUGAAGGAGAGGAACGGGCGUUUAUACGACUCCAAGAAAAAAUCAUGACACAGGACGACGAUCGCUCGAUAUUCGCAUGGUAUGACCCUAAGGCCGAGGCUAGCACUCACCACGGCUUGCUGGCCACGUCUCCUGCCCAAUUCGCUUUCUCGCACAACAUUGUGGCAUAUCGUGCCUGGGAAUCUCAUGAUCCAUUCUCAAUGACCAACAGAGGUCUUCAUAUAGACCUCCCUAUUGUUUAUGAUAAAGUCACUGAUACCUACCUUGCAUCUCUGGACUGCGUCGUGGAGACUGAAGACAACCCCUACUCAGGCUUCGUAUCGAUCGUCCUCAAGCGCGUAUCCUCAAUGGGUGACCAAUAUGUGCGCACCAGCAUCAACCAGCUGAUGUACAUCGAUGCACGCGGAAAGCCAACACCCCUUUACGUCUACCAGAAGAUUGCACCGUCCAGCCCACGACAACCUUUUCCUAUGCCCGUAUUUGAACUUCCACAGUCUUCAGCAAUGAGUAAGAAUGCGGUUUUGUUCGUUCGAAAGGGUGUACGCGUGGAGCUACCCAACCCUGCUUUAAAGAUGCAGCGCUUCUCAUCCAACAAAGGAUCAAGAAGAAUGGACAUUUGCAUCGUCUUUUCCACAUCUUCUGGAGUGACCGUCGUGGUCAUGCUGGCAAUGCAAAGUGCCAAUCUGCUCACCUUUGGCGCCUUUGAACAUACGGAUCGGCGUUCUUGGAGUGUCAAGGAUAUACCAUACCUCAGCGAGAAGUUCCAACCCCAGGCAUUGGGUACGUGGGUCAGGUUGGUCUGCCGGCGUGUACGGGUGAUGGCUGAGAUACGCGAGAAGCACGGGAGAAGGUGGUGCUCGGUCACAACCAUUGCUGUCAGGGAGGCCUGA